GCAUGUCUGUAGCGAUGAUGUCAUCUUUCUAAGGAGACUUGCUUGAGAGAGAUGGAUGCAGAGGAGGAAAUGAUUUCCUAAUCGCAGCUCUCUAGCUGGGAGGAGUAAGACAUGGAUCGAGCACAAGCAGUUUCUAGGCAUUCCACUUGCAAGAGAAGGCGCAGUCGAAGAAAUCACUCCACUUCUGCGCAGGAAGUUAAAAGAACUUUAGGAAGACCUUUUCUGCUACAGUUAAAAGAUAUUAUUCUGGAAUCUCUUCUCUGCUCGACUUGUAAGAAGCAAGAUUGCCUGUAUCAGAAUUUCAGCGAGAAAACAUCAACAAGCAGCAGCAAGAGCUUUGGUUUUUACUUUUGCUUUCCUGCUCUUUUCCUCAUUGAGUUUUGCUCAUCAGUCUGAGAAGCUUACAAAAGAACGACAAGAAGUUAUUUUGCUUUUUCUUGACCAUUUUGGACUCCUGUUAUUUGCAGAAAUUGUCCACUGAAUUAAGUUUUUUAGAUUAAAGGAUGGCACUGCAGCACAACUGUCUUUGAAAGGUCAUGUAUCGAUUUUAUUCAUUUUGUGCCUUUUCAGAUGCUAAGGCAGGUGUUUUCCUCCAUGAACUGUAAUUUUGUUCCUGUAUCAUUGGCUGAAUUUGAAGAAAAAUAUAAUGUACAUGUAACCUCAUGAAAUAUUCUGGAGCAAUCUGGGGAGAGAAUUUUAAUGUUGCACAACCUAUUUCUGAUUUUGAAUCAAGGAAAAUACCUUUUUAUAAUAAUAUGCAGGUAUAAAACUAACUAUACACUCCAGUUCUAAAUGUAAAAGAUGUCUUGGAAGCGAAAUUAUUUUUCUGUGGGACGGGGCAGCGUUCAAGGAAUGUUCACACCACGUAAUACAACAUCUAUAGCACCUAGCAAAGGUCUCAGCAAUGAGCCCGGACAGAAUAGCUGCUUCCUGAAUAGUGCGUUACAGGUUCUCUGGCACCUUGAUAUUUUUCGACGCAGUUUUCGACAACUUACAACACACAAAUGCAUGGGAGAUUCCUGUAUAUUUUGUGCUCUCAAAGGAAUUUUUAACCAGUUUCAGUGCAGCAGUGAGAAAGUGUUACCUUCUGAUGCUCUCCGUAGUGCUCUUGCAAAGACCUUUCAGGAUGAACAACGUUUCCAGCUGGGCAUCAUGGAUGACGCUGCAGAAUGCUUUGAGAACCUCCUGAUGAGGAUUCAUUUCCACAUUGCAGAUGAAUCUAAAGAAGAUAUCUGUACUGCCCCACAUUGCAUUUCACACCAGAAGUUUGCAAUGACCUUAUUUGAGCAGUGUGUCUGUACUAGCUGUGGUGCCACCUCUGACCCGCUGCCCUUUAUCCAGAUGGUGCAUUAUAUUUCAACCACUUCACUCUGCAAUCAAGCGAUUUGCAUGCUGGAAAGACGAGAGAAACCCACUCCAGAUAUGUUUGGAGAGCUGUUACAAAAUGCCAGCACCAUGGGGGACUUGAGAAAUUGUCCGAGCAACUGCGGGGAAAAGAUACGCAUUCGUCGUGUGCUGAUGAACUCCCCCCAGAUCAUCACCAUUGGGCUGGUAUGGGAUUCAGAUCAUUCCGAUCUGGCUGAGGAUGUCAUUCACAGCCUGGGCACUUGCCUUAAAUUGGGAGAUCUCUUCUUUAGAGUAACUGAUGACAGAGCAAAACAGUGUGAACUUUAUUUGGUUGGAAUGAUCUGUUACUAUGGAAAACAUUACUCCACCUUCUUCUUCCAAACAAAGAUCCGCAAAUGGAUGUACUUUGAUGAUGCCCAUGUCAAAGAGAUAGGUCCCAAAUGGAAAGACGUCGUGACCAAAUGCAUUAAGGGUCACUAUCAGCCCUUACUACUACUUUACGCAGACCCAAGAGGAACUCCAGUAUCAACACAGGAUCUGCCCACACAGGUGGAUCUACAGCAGUAUAGCAGAACUUACUAUGAUAGUGAAGAUUCGGGGCGUGAACCUUCUAUUGCAAGUGACACUAGGACGGAUUCUUCUACAGACAGCUAUCCCUAUAAACACUCCCACCAUGAAUCUGUUGUCAGUCACUUCUCUUCUGACUCUCAGGGUACAGUCAUUUACAAUAUGGAAAAUGAUGCAGCGUCACAAAGCAGCAGGGACACAGGACACCUGACUGACAGUGAAUGUAAUCAGAGGCAUAUUUCCAAAAAGGGCUCACUGACAGACCGUAAGAGGAGUUCCAGCAGGUCUCGGAGAAAAGGGGAUGAAUCGCAACCAUCAGGAUAUCACAGUGAAGGAGAAACAUUGAAGGAGAAACAGGCCCCCAGAACUGCCCCUAAGACAUCAAGCAGCACCAGUAGGCUGAGGGAAUUUAAAGAGACAGUCAGCAAUAUGAUCCACAACAGACCAUCACAGACAAGCCAGGGUUCUCCAAGUGGAGCAAAGGAACAGGCUGAGAUACACAGAGCUCUGCCAACUCAUCCUCGAGACUGGGAAAUGGAGAGUACCAGUAGUGAAUCCAAAUCAAGUUCAUCUAGCAAGUACCGUCCAACUUGGAGACCCAAAAGGGAGUCACUGAACAUAGACAGCAUCUUUAAUAAAGAAAAGAGGAAACAGUGUGGCUACACACAGCUUAGCCCGUUCUCUGAAGAUGCAGCUAAAGAAUUUACAGAAGAUGAGCUAAAGGAGCCAGUCUCUCAAACAAGACCAAACCCAUCAAACAGGUAUAAGCACUGGGUUUUAGGUCGGGGUGCACAUUACAUGACGGAUCAACAUCCACGUCUAAUCCAAAGGAUGGAGUCCGGCUAUGAAAGCAGUGAACGGAACAGCAGCAGCCCAGUCAGUCUGGACAUGCCUUUGUCUGAGAGCUCAAGCACCUCCAGGGAUUCUCAUAUGAAGCGGCCCGGAGGUUUUGUUCCUGCCUGGCGUAACAUCCCAAAAUCACACAGCAGCAGCAUUUUGGAAGUAGAGUCUGUCUCAUCUACUGCUUGCUGGGCAAAGAACAAGCAUUCUAUUGGUAAUGGUGGAGAGAUGCUUGUCACUUCCAAGAGUGAACUAGAUGAAUUACAAGAAGAAGUGGCAAGGAGGGCCCAAGAGCAAGAUCUCCGAAGGAUGCGGGAAAAAGAGCUGGAGGCAGCAAUGGGCUUUAAUCCCCAUCCCAGCAGGUUCAUGGACCUGGAUGAGCUGCAAAACCAGGGGAGGACUGAUGGCUUUGAGAGGUCCAUGCAGGAGGCAGAUUCAGUCUUUGAAGAGUCUCUGCAUCAAGAGCAGACGGGAGACUGUGCUGCAGCUUUGGCUCUCUGUAACGAAGCUAUAUCUAAACUAAGACUUGCCAUGCAUGACGCCAGCUCUAGCACUCACAACAGAACCCUAGUCGAUAAGAAGCUGCAAAUCUGUAUCCGAAAAGCACGGAGCCUUCAGGAUCGCAUGCAGCAACAGCAGCCAGCACAGCCGCCGCCCACCCGCCACCCACCACAGGGGGGCCACAUGACCCAAUCUACAAGUGAACAGACUGGCCCGCUCCAAGUACUGCUGAGCCAGAAGACAGUACUGGUACCCAGCAGAGAAGCAGAACUUGGGUCCAGCUCUUACUUCCAUACAAAUGCUUCCCAUCAUGAAUUGCAGUCAUCUUAUCCCGAGUCUUUUCCCCUACCCUGUCCUGAAAGCAGCCCCUCUCACAAAGCUUCCCUAAAUUUUCAGGCUGCUUCUAUGGAUUUCAGUGAUCAAGCUCCCUCUUUUCCCUGUAGGCAUGGAGUGGGUGACAGAUGCAUUCGAACUGCGAAUGAAGUCCACUGUGAUGUGGAGCUCAAGGGACUCUCCUCCAUAAAUGUAAAAGAUAAGGAUUGCAGCAGUAGUAGUACAUUUGAAGAUAUACAUGACAUAACAGCUUCUCUCACACCACAUUGCAAAACGAAGUUUAACAUGGUAAACUCUGGAUCUUUGCCUACACUCUUCCCCUUUUCACAUCCAGUGCAAGUACCAUCUGACAAAAACGGCCUGCAUAAUCCAUGCUUCGAACCAUCAAGCUUUUUGGAAUGGCCCAGUGCAGUUCAACAAGGGGCUUAUUGUGUUGUAACUCCGGCUUCCCUCUCUCCUUUGCCUCAUUGUCCUCCAGAUCCAUUACAGACUGCAAAUAGGUACAUCAGAGGAAAUAGCCAUGAGAGUUUACAUCACCCACAGGAAGACUUUGGGGACUCUCCAAAACCUGAGAUGAUUAUUACCAAGGGUCAUGUUUGCUCCCUUGCAGAACAGUUUCAGCGGUUGCACAAUGUCUCUCAGAGGGAAGACACUCAUGAAAAAGAAAGGACAGUGGUUGUCUGUCAUGAUCAGAGAGCUCCAAAGUUAUUUCAAGAAUCUUUGGCCAGUCCUCCAUCCCUGGGUUAUAGUCAGCCAGUUACUGGAACCCAAGAUAAUGGAAUGUGGCCUUCUGAAAAGUUGAACUUGUGUCUGGGUUCUAGGGAUGAGCUGAGUUCUCUGGAUUGUUUUAGUGCUCCCAAUAUAAUUUCUAAGAGAUCUGGAUCACACAAUGAAGAUCUGAACAACAGAGGGAAACAAUAUGAUAUAGAUCCUAGUUUCCAUCUGGAAAGCUUCAACCACGAGGGAGAAGGGAGACAGGUGAAUGAUAGAAAUCCUGAUGGCUUGUUUGCAUCUAUGCCUGUGGACUGCUGGGUAGACAAUGUUAAAAGGUAUUAUGGUUCUCAAAUGGAGUGCAAGGACACCACUUGGCUUCUUGUACCUAGGAAAGAGCCACCUGUACCCAAUCAAAGAGGUUUUGAGGAGGAUCCAAUUCAAAAGCACCCACAAUGGAAUCAAGACACAGAGCAGGAAAUUUCUGAACUGGAGUCUCUAUAUCAGGCUAGUUUGCAGGCACCUCAGACAAGCAAAUCUGUUCUGGGAAGGCUGGACAAUUCCCGACAUCCAUUGGGUAAGACAGCAUCUGCAAACUUAACUACAAAGAAGUUACACAGUGGAGCUUGCAUGGGCCUCUCAAAAACACCCACAGCCGAGAUCGAACGCAGUCUCUAUGGAGCACCAGUAUCUCCAGUCUCUAAGGUGCCAUACACCAGAAAGCAUGGCAAGAAGCCAGAAGAGGAGAUGUACAGUGCAGAGAACAUCCGUCGCAUUUCGCGUAGUCUCAGUGGGACAGUCAUCGCAAACAGGGAAGAGACACUUGUCUCUUCCCAUAGUUUUGAAAUGUCCAAUAAGAGGAAAAUGCCAAUGGAAGCCAGGCACCGUUCUUCCAGCACCACUUCCCUCACUUUCCCUCUCGAUUCUCCUCCUGUGUUACCCUUUGAUCCCCAGCACUAUUCAACCCAACUGCAGCACCUCUCCCAUGAUGCACCAGUGCCUAGCAUGGUGGGCAAGACACAUAGACAAUCAGGAAAUGAGAAGAACAUCCAGAAAAUUCUGGCUGUGCCUGACUGGAGUGAAACUUUCCAAGGUGAAGGCAACCGAGGUGUGGCAUUGAGCUAUGGGACCCUCACUUAUAAACAGCAGGGCCCUCCUUCUCUAGGGCAGAGAUCUCUUCUUCAUAAGCAUUUAGGAGGUGAAAAAACAUCAAGCACCUUUGACCAUUGGCUGAAGAUGAAUCGCUCUGCCAGACAAACAGCAACACUGCCAGAAAAACGAACAGUACAUUGGGAAUAUGCUGCCCAGCCAAGCAAGGGAUCUCAAGAAUAUCUACUCCAGCAGUCAUUACAGCAAGGAAAACAUCAGGCUUGUGACUAUAGGCCAGCACUUGGUGUCAGUUAUAGUACCUUAUGUAGACCACAAGAGUCUUCAGAUGGCUUUCAAGGUUGUCCUGUGCCUCCCCCUCAUGCUAAACCUCCAGGUCCAAGGAGGCUAGAUAUGCCACCAGAUGAAGACUGGCGGCAGAAUAGCUACAUCCCUCAGCCAGGAGCAAGGAGAAUGUUUCCAGUGCGCAUGACAGAUGGAACUUACUCAUCCAAUUCUGAGGCACAUCGUAAGAUGCUGGUCCGGGCAGCUGCUGCCUCUAUGUACAGCGGCUGGUGAGCUCUCCACCUUCAGACAUGAUUGUUCCCUUAUGAAACAGGUUGUCUGAACUGUAGUUACUGAAAUGCAGAUGAUAACCAGACGGCAAGCUUUUUUCAGUCAGUGUCUAUGCCUGGCUUGUCUUUAAAAAUAGCUAUACAAUAAGUGGAAGCUAAUUGCACUGUGUUUCUUUCCUGAUGAAUCACUGUCUGUGGGGAACUUUUCAGCAAUUCCAUUCCAAGCCUCUCUCACAGGAAAUGGUUUAACGCUUAGUAGCAAUGGAAGGAGAACAAGAUUUGCAUAUGGAUUGAAAAUGAAAUCCUCUGUUGACAGCAAGUUGUAUUUUAAAAGACCAAGUCAUGUAAAGUGGCACUAGUAAACCCAUAAGCCAACCCACUACUCAGUUUUGAGUUGUUAGAUGGUUUGGGGGUGGGGGGCUGAUAGAUUUUCCAGAGUCCCCCAAGUUUUUCUUUAAAAUGGCAAUACUUAUGGAUUAAUAAGGCAAAUGUAUACUUUUUGUGCUGAAAUGUUAGGCACAGAUGAUUACUGUAGGUGCUAGUGAGGAAGUGGAAAGAAGGCAUAGCUCAAGCAUAAAACAAGCCGCCUUCCACUUUUUCAAGGCAGACUAACAGUGCUUUAGAUAGCAAAGACUGUUAAGACUGCACAUUUAAUUAUAACAUUGUACACACAAAAUCACUUUAACUAUUUUAGGGUCAAACAUACUUGCCUUUGUAAGUAUUUUUCAAAUAAAUCUAUUAAAUAGUUAUAUUUAUUGGGUGGUGUAUGAAUUGCUUUUAUGUUUUUCAUAUAGUCAAUCCAAAACCUGACAGAUAAUUAUAGUUCUUGUACACUCAUUGGCUCUUACCUCUGUACACAUCAUUUUUCUCUUCUUGUGGCAUUAAACAUAUCAUCUGGC